AUGAGCCGAUCUUCAGAUGGCGGUGGUACUUUCAUGAGUAUCUUCCAAGCGUUUAAAGAAGAGUGCAAGCGUUAUGCUAAGCAAAAACGCCUCUCUAUCAAUAACAAGUCAAAGCUGUACAAUAUGGCGCCCAGCGACGAGAACGCGGAAGAGCUGACGACAGACAGCUUUUCCAAUCUUGUCCAAGAAGUCGAUACCUUCAUCUGUGGAGCUGAUGGACUGGUCUGGCUCCGCGAAGGUGUCAUAACUGAAGCUGCCAGUCUGCUCAAUCUACUAAUCAAUAACAAGAAACAAGUCAUUAUACUAACCAACGAUACACCACCACUCGAGCGGAUCACGAAAAGAAAUUGGCUCAGCAUAGGUUCAGUCCAAAAAUCACAAAGGACAACAGCGGACUCUUUGCUCCUGCCUGCAACUAAUGCAAGUAAAAAACAAGUGAUAAAAUUGGUAACUGUUAAAGCUCAAGCGUACAGUUGUGGAAGGACAGGAGCGUCUAAUUUAUUACAGGAUGUAAUAGUGACUCCUGGGCAAAUUUUGGCGGAUUACAUCAAGAACGCCGGAAACUAUUAUGACAAGAAGGUCUACUUAGUCGCCUCAGAAGGAGUGGAGGACGAGCUUAAGAAUAAUGGACCGGACACGUUGCAGGCUCCGGGACAAGGGAAAGAAGCUGUUGUCUUCAACACUGAUAUGGCUAUCAAGAGAGAAGAGGUUUGCGCUGUGGUGGUCGGCUUCGAUAAACAUUUCAACUACAAGAAGAUGAUGAAAGCGGCUAAUUAUCUGAAAAACCCGAAAUCUCAAACGAUCUUCGAUUUAGGAGCGCUUGUAGCCUCAAUUAGCAAGGCAGCCACUCGUGAGCCAGUCAUCGUUGGGAAGCCGUACCUUCCAGCCUUUGAAUUCAUUAAGUCGAAAUGGAAGAUAGACGAGAGCCGAACUGUAAUGAUCUGCAGCAGGAUAAACACAGAUGUGAAAUUUGGUCGAGACCAUGGUCUGCGAACUUUGCUGAUACUCAAUGAGGCUCAGCAGAUGGACGAGUUGGAGAAGUUACGAACAAGUGGACGAGUGGACCUGCUGCCAAACUACUAUGCUACGUCGAUCGCCUCAAUUCUUCCACAAAUCAAGCAAUCAUGA